AAACUGGUGCGACAACUGGUGGACCUAUUCCUGGACAUGGAGAAGAAGACGGGACAUGAGGUGCAGUUGUGCGAGGAGUGCAUCGAUUGGGCCAAACAGGAGAAGCGCACGUUUCUGAGGCAAUCACUGGAGGCCCGACUCAUAGCCCUCUUCUACGACACCCAACAGUACGACAGAGCACUCCAUUUGGGCGCUGAACUGCUCCGCGAACUCAAGAAGAUGGACGACAAGAACCUGUUGGUUGAGGUGCAGCUCUUGGAGUCGAAGACAUACCACGCCCUCUCGAACCUCCCGCGCGCCAGGGCUGCCCUCACCAGCGCCCGCACCACUGCCAAUGCCAUCUACUGUCCGCCCAAAAUGCAGGCGGCGCUCGACCUCCAGUCAGGCAUUCUUCACGCGGCCGACGAACGAGACUUCAAGACUGCCUUCUCUUACUAUUACGAGGCCUUCGAGGGAUACGAUUCCGUCGACUCCCCAAAGGCCGUCAUUGCUCUCAAAUAUAUGUUACUCUCGAAGAUUAUGCUUAACAUGGCUGAAGACGUACAGUCCAUAACGAUGGGUAAGCUAGCGCUCAAACACGCCGGUAAAGACAUCGAUGCUCUCAAAGCGAUAGCCAACGCCAGCCACAAGAGGUCUUUGGCUGACUUCCAGGAGGCGCUCAAGACUUACGAGAAGGAGUUAGUCGACGACCCCAUCAUUAACGCCCACUUAAAGUCAUUGUAUGACAAUAUGUUGGAGCAGAACCUGUGCCGCAUUAUUGAGCCCUACUCUCGAGUACAGGUGUCCCACAUCUCAGGUCUAAUCAAAUUGUCGGUCGAUAUGGUGGAGAAGAAGUUAUCGCAAAUGAUUUUGGACAAGAAGUUCAGCGGAAUCCUAGACCAGGGCGAGGGCGUACUCAUCAUCUUCGAGGACACCCCUCACGACAAGACCUACGAGUCAGCCUUAGAGACGCUGCAAAACAUGGGAAAAGUAGUCGACUCUCUCUAUCAAAAGGCCAAAAAGCUGUCCUAAUGUCUCGGACCAGCAUUUUAAGAGUUUUUUUUGUUUAUAUUUCAUUCGAGCGAUUGUUUUAUUAAAUUAACAUCUUUUGAAAGCUGAUUAAAAUUUUCUAUCGAAAUAUGAGAAUAAAAUUAACAUUUAUUUAGUAUUAAUA